CACACUCGGUAAUUCUCGUCACAUCCAGGUGCACCUCUCUUAUAAUUCACCAUUCACUCUCAGCCCUCGUUCCACUACGCGUUCCUACGCAAAAUGUCCACCAUACAGUUGGCGAACAACUCUACCCCCCUCGCCCAAUGGGUCGAUGAGCUCUUCAACAAAAUAUUUUUCCAACCGGAUGACACCCUAGCCACGGAGACCUUCAACGAGUUUGUCUCCCCAGAUCUCUUCGCCAGGAUCAACCACAGCCAACUCUCGCAUGAUCAGUUCCUAGAAGCCCUGAAGCAGGCGCGGGGCAAGGAGUCUAUGAGCGUCCAGGCAAGCGACGAGGUCCAUGUUUGGGAGGCUCCAGACGGAUCGGGAGCGGGAUGUGUCGCACAGCUGGUGCGCUUCACGCUGACAGACAAGGCGACCGGGGUGGAGAACAAGGCGUUGAACCUCACGUUAGCUAACGUGCAGGUGCGUGAGGGCAAGAGAAUGCUUGUCGAGCUGACUGAGGUUGCAAACUGAACUGGGAAUGCUGUAUGUGGAAUGUUAUCUCCGUCGCACAUAUUACUUCCGAUGGGAAUAAGUAGAGAGAACUAGGUUGUGCUGAAU